CUUCCUAUGGGGACUGAAAACCAAGUGAGGAGAUGAAGGAUUGCACCGUACCACACCAGAAAAUACAGAGAAGAUAGACACCGCAGAUACAUCUUGGCCAUCACCCAAGGAACAACUGCACAGCUGUGGGAAGACAUCCAGUCCCUUCACAGCAUUGCUCAACACAGAGGUGGUUGGGCAGUGAAGCCAUCAUCUGGAAAUCCGUCGGGUCUGGGGAGCUUUGACAUAUCAUCAGAUUUGAAACUGGUCAGUGGUGUGGAGGCUUCCAUCAGAGGCAACCUUUCCGAAGGUUUGGCUGUGGGUGAUCAGUCAGAGUGAGGCUGGGCAGAAGAGUCAGUGGACUCCAAGUGUGGUGAAAGCCUCAUGAUCCACUGACUCAUUUUAGCGGGUGUGAGGAGGGCCCUGUGGAUAUUUACAUUCUCCUAACACAUUUAGUGCAUUUGUUAAAAAUCUGUCAACACGACUGGCACAUGGAAGAGAAACCAUUCAAGUGUGAAAUUUGUGAUAAAACAUUUGUGAAAUUAUAUACCCUUCAAAUACACCAGAGAGUUCACACUGGGGAGAAAUCCUUCAAGUGUGAGGUCUGUGACCGAUCCUUUGCACACUCAUCAACACUGGUGAAUCACCGACGCAUUCACACAGGAGAGAAGCCUUUCAAGUGUGAGGUGUGCAACAAAUCCUUUUCUAAAUCAUGGAGCCUGCUGAUGCAUCAACCCAUUCACACAGGAGAGAAGCCGUUCACGUGUGAGGUGUGUGACAAAUCCUUCUCCAAGUCAUCAGCUCUUCGCCUGCACCAACGUACUCACACAGGGGAGAAACCAUUCACGUGCACAAUAUGUGACAAAUCAUUCUCACAGUUGCCGAAUCUCCACACACACCAACGCAGUCACACAGGAGAGAAACCAUUUAUCUGCGAGGUGUGCGACAAAUCAUUCUCUCAGUCUUCACACCUUCGUGUACACCAACGCAUUCACACUGGUGAGAAACCAUUCACGUGUGCCGUGUGCAAUCAGUCAUUUUCGCGGUCAUCAACCCUCCUUGACCACCAACGCAGUCACACAGGAGAGAAACCGUACACAUGUGGAUUGUGUAACAAAUCAUUCUCACGGCCAACGCACCUUCUUGAACACCAAUACAUUCACACAGGGGAGAAACCUUACACAUGUGAAGUGUGUGACAAAUCAUUCUCAGACUCAUCGACUCUCCGCACCCACCGACGAAUUCACACAGGGGAGAAACCAUUCACCUGUGAGGUGUGUGAUAAAUCAUUCUCUGAGUUAUCAAAACUCAGGAGACACCAGAGGAUUCACACAGGCGAGAAACCAUUCAGGUGUGAGGUUUGUGCAAAGGCCUUCACCCAAUCCUCCACGUUCCAGAGGCACCAGAGGAUUCACACAGGGGAGAAACGCUUCCAGUGUGAGGUUUGUAACAAAGCUUUCACACGCUUAUCAAACCUGGUCAUCCAUCAGAAGAUCCACACUGGAGAGAAAAAGGUAGGGUGUGAACUUUGUGACCGAGCUUUUAUACAUUUUUCGAGGCUAGUGAGUCACCGACGCAUUCAUACUGGGGAGAAACCAUUCAAAUGCGAGGUUUGUGACCAAGCUUUUGCACACUCAUCUACACUCGUAAAUCACCGACGCAUUCACACUGGGGAGAAGCCAUUCAAAUGUGAAGUGUGCAACAAAUCAUUCUCGCGGUCAUCAACCUUCCUCAUGCACCAGUACAUUCAUACGGGAGAGAAACCAUUCACUUGUGAGGUGUGUAUCAAAUCGUUCUCUGAUUUAUCAAGCCUUCGUGCUCACGAGCGUACUCAUAACAGAGAGAAACUGUUUACUUGUGAAAUAUGUGACAAAGCCUUCACACAGUCAUCGAACCUCCUGCGCCAUCAGACAAUCCACACAGGGGAGAAGCCCUUCAAGUGUGAGGUUUGUGGUAAAACUUUCCCGACAUCUACCAGGCUUCUGAUGCAUCACAGGAUUCACACAGGAGAGAAACACUUCAGAUGUGAGGUUUGUGAGAUGGCUUUCACUCAAUACUCACAUCUCCUGAUGCACCAGAGGAUUCACACAGGGGAGAAGCCUUUUAAAUGUGAGGUGUGUGAUCGAGCCUUCACACAGCCAUCGACGCUCAUGCAACAUCGACGCAUUCACACUGGGGAGAAACCGUUCACAUGUCAUAUGUGCAACAAAUCAUUUUCGCGGUCAUCGACCCUCCGUGACCACCAACGCACUCACACAGGGGAGAAACCAUUCACAUGUGAGCUGUGUGACAAAGCCUAUAGGCACUUGUCAACACUCCUGGCUCAUCAGAGGAUCCACACUUGAACUGGGAGGUUUGCGUUGAUGUUCUCUUUCAGUCUUCAAUCCUGCUGAAUAUCAUGGAAUUCCCAAAGGAGAAAAGGCAUCCAGGUGUGAGAACGUGUGUCAAAG